AUGGAUGAUUCCAGAGAUCCAGUGCCUUCAGCCAUGGCCGCAAGGACGUUUAGCACUUCGACAGACAUAACCUUGGUGGCAUCGAAUCCAACUGUGAAGCCGCCAGUACCACAAUUAACGGAUUACGUUUUACCCCUUGUCAUCCGAGACUUGUUCGACAACCCUUCCAACUUCCAAGCAGACUCGAAUCUUGACAUCUUGCAGGUCUCGAAACACAAACAAGGUUGGCAUGCCGGAGUCUCCGACAAGAAAUACAGAGAGAUCUGGACAGACACAAAAGAGAACUGUGAUGCUUCAGUCCCAUCUCUGUUCUUGGUUUCGGUUUUCCAUCACCUCGCUGCCGACCGCCGAUUCAAUCCGGAGACGCUGCAAGACAUUCUUGGAAGACCAGACUACUGGUCUGCCACCAAGAGUGUCCGUGGCAGUAGCAACAACACAGAGGUAGGGUGUCAGUUCGCCCGUUGGCGGAUGACAUCCAGAUGGGACAACAGCAAAGGUCCAUUGGCACCGUUCACCAUUGCAUUCCAGCACGACCCGCAGGCAAGCUUCACGCUCUAUGUCGUUGCAGGAGACCCGAUCGACAGCUGUAUGACCUCGAUCAAGCAGUCGAUGGGUUUCGUCGAGGGCCUGGGUCCUUGCAAAGCAACCAUCACGGCGCAGGCGAGAACGGCACAAAAUCCUUUUUUGUUACUUGCCAAAAGUAUGCAGACUUCAUUUGAGCAGGCGAAAUAUUAUGUGGAUAUUGUCAAAGAUGGUUUGAUGGGUCAGAUUGGAAAAGUCAAUGAUUACAGCGCAGUGAGGCACAAGUACACCGACGAUCCCAAGGAUCUACAACGAUUUUGGAAGGACGAGGGUAGAAAGCGACUCGAAGUCAUCACCGAACAGCUCCACUCGGUCUCUCAGACCAUCGACUCCGGCAUGGCCAACACCGACAUGUCGAUUCGACUCACCGAGGUUGUCAAGGCGGCGUUCGAGGCAAAAUACACCUCCACCGCCCUCCACAUGUCGGAGGGUGACAGGGAUGUCGGCGACCUUAUCGAAUACCUCUCCAACUCCUGGCACUGUGAGAUGAAUUGGCUCAAGACUUACAAGGCUCGAAAGGAUACUACCAUGAAUUUUGUCUUCAACGCCGUCACCCAACAAGAUAGUGCCAUCAGCAUCGACAUGAACCGAAAAAUGUCCAGGGACAGUAGUUCAAUGAACACAAUUACCAUCCUGACCAUGGUGUUUCUCCCGGCGACUUUUGUCUCGGCCGUGUUUGACAGUGGCAUCUUGGCCCCCGAGGUUCAACAAGACUACUUCAAAUCCCCCCUGUUCUGGCCGUACAUUGCCACAGUGGUGCCGUUCACGGUGGGUGUGCUUGUGCUUUGGCUGAAUCGAAAGACAUUGGAGAAGGUUGCGGACAAAAUAUCUCAAGGUUUCACAAACCUUUCGACUAGGCUCUGUAAAGCCAGGGUGAAGAGAGCAAGCAAGGAGAAAACGGAGAAACAUAUGGUGUGA